AUGGGUGACGUUCAAUCCACUCAGGAGAGUCAAAAAUCCAAUGAGACAGAUAGCGAGCAACUGUCUAACCCUGAGUUUGGAUCUCUCCAAAAGAGCUUGGAGGUAGGAAUUGGCCAGAAUGUGACCCUAUCCUGUCGAUCCACCAAUGGCUCUCUUCCUAUCAACUAUACAUUUUUUAGAGGAAGUCAGAAUCUGUGGCCGACUAUACCGAAGACAGACAGGAACCCAGCCCUGUUUAACCUAACUAUCAGUUCUGCCAGUGAUAUGGGGGAAUAUAAAUGCAAAGUUGUAAAUGGAAUCUCCAACAGUGCAAAAUACAGCGAGAGUCUCAACUUUACGUUACUAGCUCCAGUGUCCAAACCAGUGCUGACCACGACUACUUCCCAAGUGAGGAUAGGCCAGAAUGUGACACUGUCUUGUCACUCAGAAAACGGCUCUUCUCCCAUCAACUAUGUAUUUUUUAAAGGAAGGAAGACUAUGUCAUCCAAAAUAUCUAUGCAAGGGAAGGCUGCAGCUGUGUUAAAUGUAACUAUCAAUUCUUCAGGUGACUUGGGUGACUAUAAAUGCAAAGCUGAAAAUAAUAUCCCCAAUAACACAAAAUAUAGCAACAGUCUCAACUUUACACUAGCAGAAGAGGAUGGCCUUUCCUAUCCCCUCUCCAUUUUUCUUGUGCUACUGUUUCUGCUGGUGGUGAUAGCAACUGCCCUACUGGUUCCGUUUCUGAUCCUGCCUUGGUGUAAAGCAAGAAAACUGAAGUCAACAGGCUCCUCGACUGGUUUUGUUUCAACAGACAAGGCAACAGGGUCUGAAACCUAUGCGACAUACACUGAGAUUGAGUAUGCUAAAUCUGAAGAAGUGGAGUACGCCAACAUACUGAUUAGAAAAGAGGAGGAAGAUAGGAAAGUGAACAAGACGGCAGAUACUACAGUUGUCUACUCUGAAGUCAUCGUAAGAGAUGGAACGCAACAAGGUAAGUUUCCUCUCUGAUUUACAUGAGAGAAUUAUAUAAAUUUUUUUAAAGAGAACCUCUACUCCAGUACAUUUUGCUAGCACCACUGUGCUUGUAUAGGAAGCACAUAAGCAAACAUUUAGAUGCUAGUUUCCCCAUCCUACUUAUUUUGUAGUCAGAAGCUGAUGUUAAUCUCCUCCCCUGCUAAUAUUAAAGAAUGGGUUCC